AUCCCACUCCGCUGCAUCUCAAAGCACCGACCUCUCAGAGCUUCAUCGCAUCCAUGGCGGCCGCUUCUUCUCCGUUUCAUCUCAUGGCGCCAUUGAAACCCUUCUCCAGAGCUGAGGGCGAGGUGCGCUUCUUCUCUAGGUCCCUUGAUUCGGUCUGUUUUGGUGGUGGUUUGAAGUUUGGGCGUGGCGGUGGUGGGGGGGUUUUGGAGGUUCGUGCAAGUAGCGCGGAGAAGCAGGGAAGCGAGGUUCCGGUGUCUUUCAGUGAUCUCCCUCCAUCGACGACCUCGAAUGCUAGGGUGAAACGCCAUACGAUUUCAGUGUUCGUCGGAGAUGAAAGCGGGAUGAUAAAUCGGAUUGCAGGAGUCUUUGCAAGGAGGGGAUACAACAUUGAGUCAUUGGCAGUUGGCUUGAAUACGGACAAGGCCUUGUUUACAAUAGUUGUCUCAGGGACUGAUAGGGUACUGCAGCAAGUUGUAGCGCAACUUAAUAAGCUUGUGAAUGUCUUAAAGGUUGAGGAUCUAUCGAAGGAGCCCCAAGUGGAACGGGAGCUAAUGCUUGUAAAACUUAAUAUUGGUCCAGACAAGCGUCAAGAGGUCAUGUUUUUGGUUAAUACUUUCAGAGCAAAGGUAGUAGAUAUUUCAGAGCAUUCAGUAACUGUUGAGGUAACUGGAGAUCCUGGUAAAAUGACUGCAGUUCUGAGGAAUCUGAGCAAAUUCGGGAUCCAAGAAAUUGCUAGAACUGGCAAGAUUGCAUUAAGGAGGGAGAAGAUGGGGGAGUCUGCUCCCUUUUGGAGGUUUUCUGCAGCCUCUUAUCCAGAUCUGGAAGGAACCACGCCACCCAACGCACUUCCUGGAGCUAUGGAUGUGUCCUUUAGUGACUCACAACAGUCAUCAAGGGGUGAUGUUUAUCCGGUGGAGCCGUAUGAGGGUUUCCCACUGAAUCAAGUUCUUGAUGCUCAUUGGGGUGUCCUUGAUCAUGAUGACUCAACCGGUCUUUGUUCACACACAUUAUCUAUCCUUGUGAAUGAUGCUCCUGGCGUUCUCAACAUUGUGACUGGAGUCUUUUCUCGGAGGGGUUACAACAUUCAGAGUCUUGCUGUUGGUCCAGCAGAAAAGGCUGGCAUUUCUAGAAUUACAACUGUAGUUCCUGGGACUGAUGAAUCGAUUGGCAAGCUAGUGCAGCAACUCUACAAGCUCAUUGAUGUUCAUGAGGUUCAAGACAUCACCCAUUUGCCUUUUGCUGAAAGAGAAAUGAUGUUGAUAAAAGUUGCAGUAAAUUCUACAGCACGAAGGGAUGUUCUAGAUAUUGCUGAUAUAUUUCGAGCCAAGGCUGUUGAUGUAUCUGAUCAUACAAUUACACUACAGCUUACCGGAGAUUUGGACAAGAUGGUUGCAUUGCAGAGACUGUUGGAGCCAUAUGGCAUAUGUGAGGUAGCACGAACCGGCCGUGUUGCUUUGAUCCGUGAGUCUGGAGUCGAUACGAAGUACCUUCGUCAUCGGUUGGAUAGUUCAUAAUGAAAAAGAAAGUAAUGAUGGAUAUGUGCUAGAGAAUUAAUCAGAUCUAAUUUGCGACAUCAUCUUUGUAUAUUCAAUAAAAAUGUGGCGUGUAUUGUGUUAGACUUCUUGUUGACUUGCUUAUGUUAAAAUAGAUAUCCUAAUCUUUGAUUUUGAUUA